GGCGUCUGGCAGCAGGAGGAACAGAGCCGCUCUGUGUUGACGGAGACACACUUCACUCGUCUCGGGACACUGCACAGGAAUUACACGUCUGUCUGGAGCCUGGCUGACACACGCUCAACUUCCAAAAAACAGCUUUUAACAUCUGGAGCAUCAUGAGAGAGUGCAUCUCCAUCCACGUGGGCCAAGCAGGGGUUCAGACAGGAAACGCCUGCUGGGAGCUCUUCUGCCUGGAGCACGGCAUCGGCCCCGAUGGCGUCUCCCUGGAGGAACCUGCAGAACCCAACUCCCGAGAAGACUCAUUCAACACCUUCUUCAACCCUGGCAGUUUCGGGCGUCAUGUUCCACGAGCCAUCUUUGUGGACCUGGAGCCCACAGUGGUCGAUGAAGUGCGAGUUGGAAAGUACAAAGACCUGUUCCACCCUGACCAGCUGAUCUCUGGAAAGGAGGACGCAGCCAACAACUACGCUCGUGGUCAUUACACUGUCGGGAAAGAGAUCAUUGAUGACGUCAUGCAGCGCAUUCGUAAAAUGACGGACCAGUGCUCCGGCCUGCAGGGGUUCCUCGUCUUCCACAGCUUCGGGGGCGGCACCGGCUCUGGCUUCACCUCUCUGCUGAUGGAGCGUCUGUCUGUCGACUACGGCAAGAAAUCAAAGCUGGAGUUUGCCAUCUACCCAGCUCCCCAGAUUUCUACAGCUGUGGUGGAGCCCUACAACGCCAUCCUGACCACCCACACCACCCUGGAGCACUCCGACUGCGCCUUCAUGGUGGACAACGAGGCCAUCUACGACAUAUGUCGCCGCAACAUGGAGAUCGAGAGUCCUGGUUACACCAACCUCAACAGAUUGAUCGGUCAGAUUGUUUCCUCCAUCACCGCCUCCCUUCGGUUCGAUGGCGCCCUCAAUGUCGACCUCAUGGAGUUCCAGACCAACCUGGUGCCAUUUCCACGAAUCCACUUCCCCCUGGUUACUUACUCGCCCAUAAUCUCUGCUGAGAGGGCGAACCACGAGCAGCUGACCGUGGCCGAGAUCACGAGCGCCUGCUUCGAGCCGUCCAAUCAGAUGGUCAAGUGUGAUCCUCGUAAUGGCAAGUACAUGGCCUGCUGCCUGCUGUACCGAGGCGACGUCGUCCCCAAGGAUGUUAACACCGCCAUCGCAAGUAUAAAAACCAGACGAUCCGUUCAGUUUGUCAACUGGUGCCCCACUGGUUUCAAGGUCGGCAUCAACUACCAGCCUCCGACUGCAGUUCCUGGUGGAGACCUGGCCAAAGUCCAGAGGGCCGUGUGCAUGCUGAGCAACACCACUGCCAUCGCGGAGGCCUGGUCUCGACUCGACCACAAGUUCGAUCUCAUGUACGCCAAGCGUGCGUUCGUCCACUGGUAUGUGGGCGAAGGGAUGGAGGAGGGGGAGUUCUCUGAGGCCAGAGAGGACCUGGCCUGUCUGGAGAAGGAUUACAUGGAGCUGGGGGAAGAAAAUGACCUUGAUUCUGAAAAUGACGACAUGGACCAUGAAUACUGAGCCGUGUUGUCAAUAUUUUAUCUUGUGAAUCUUCUGAGCUCAUUGUUGGUGUUUCUCUCUGCCCUGUUUUUAUAACGUCAGCUUUAGAUGAAGACUCUUUACAUGUGAAACUUGUUAGAGACGCGAUGGUCUAGUGGUCUGCGACGAUUUCACAUCAACCACAAUGUCUACAUUGCCUAUAGAGCUGUGCUGUCUCUCUCUCGCUUCACAUUUCCUGUCUGCCUCUGUGCUGUAUGAUUCUGAAUAAAGACAAACAUGUUCAAGUACCUUCAGACGAAUGUAAACACAAACCGACUAAGUUAGACUUUUAAUAAAAUAAUGAGGUGAAAUCUUCAA